ACCUAUAAAGGAUGGAUCGCUGUGUUUGUAUGUCUCGCUACGUCCGCUAUACACAUUGAAAUUGUCACCGACUACUCUACUGACGCUUUCGUCGCAGCAUUUAGAAGAUUCACUAGUCGAAGAGGUGCCUGCAGUAUCCUAUACUCGGACUGUGGUACAAAUUUUGUAGGAGCAGACGCCACGCUAAAGAAAGAAUUCGCAGCAGGAUCGAGGCAACUAAAGGAACUUCAGUAUUUACUCGCUACAGAUGGCACAGACUGGAAGUUCAACCCACCAAGCGCUCCUCACUUUGGUGGCAAGUGGGAAGCAGCCGUAAAGUCAAUCAAGUUCCAUCUCAUACGAACUAUUGGUGAAUCGCUAUUGACUUACGACCAACUCGCUACAGUCCUAACACAGAUUGAGGCUGUGUUAAAUUCAAGACCGAUCGCUCCUCUAUCUGAAGAUCCUGCAGAUUUAACCGCUCUAACUCCUGGACAUUUUCUCAUCGGUGAACCGCUUAUCGCUGUACCUGGGCCCUCGCUACUGGAAAAUAGUUCAGCUGCGUUGUCACGCUGGCAACAAUUACAACAAAUGUUCCAGAGAUUUUGGAGUAGAUGGUCAUCAGAGUACCUGCAACGUCAUCAAUCUAUUUCGAAAUGGCAUACUCCGCAAAACAACAUCAAAAUGAUUUUUGAACUGUCGUCACUCGUCAGCCCUGGAACCGUGUGUACCGAGGAUAGCCAGACUGCAAUGUUACACUGUCCACAAUUAGUCGUAUAG